CUCGUUUUGGCUAAUAUUAUGCCUCGUUCUGGAUAUGUUUAUUAUAUUGUUUGGCAAUACUGUUCCUAGUAAAAUAUUAGCAUAACACUUUUCUGUUUUGGAUACGCAAUUAAAUUCCUGAUCACUAGAUCUGAAUAAAAAGCCAGGAUGUCCUCGACCCUACUUCUGGUGGGUCUGUUCUGUGUGUGCCGCCAUGCUGCACUGACCUAUGCCAACAUGUAUAGCUACAAAUCAAGUAAUAACAUUGACCACAUCUGGGCCUACACGCAACUCAAUUACAGCGUCUACGUUCCGACCUGUGGCUGGAAGCUAAUACUUCAAUCCGGAAUGGUCAUUACCAACAUGACAGGAGGCGACGAGUUUUUCACGUACACAAAGGUCGACGACUACACCUAUUUGCUAAAUUCCAAGGUCAAGUACGCUGACUUAAGUAUAUCAAGACCAAAUGACCAAGACAUCACCUUGAUUGGACCUUUUGGAACUAAAGACCCUGUCAUCAUAGUGGAUUGGUUCUGUGUUUGCAAUCAAUCGACCCAUGGCGAUUGCCAGAUUGUAUCUGAUGCUAAACUUUCACGUGAUCCAUACUCUUCAGUUCAAGACAGCGUGUCGUCAUCCACUGCUUCCUCUGGUGAUGGGCAGACAACUACAUCAUCAACUCUUGCAGAGUUACCUUCUCUUGGAUUGACAACUAUUUUAGAAUAUUUGUCUUCAUUUAGUCCUGAAGCUACCAGUAGUUCUUUUAAAGAUCACUACACAAUACCAGACAGUCCUACUCCAUCAUCUAUGUUGUAUCUCAGCUCAAAGACAGGGACUACUUUCAAAGCAACAGACGUCAGUUCUGCAUUAGAUGCAUCCGUUAACGUGAUACUAGAUUCAUCCGCAGCAUCUGCUUUAAAAUUAACCACAUCACUGUCACCACCGCUGGACCUAUCAACAGCAAAGCUAAUAAAUCUAGCAUCAACACUAGAACCAUCAACGACCUAUGCUGCCUCGGCUACUACUCCAUCAACGGUAGCAAUAGUGCAAGCUAGUUUAUCAACACUAGCAACAUCAUUUGUGUCAUCUACAGAAGCAACAUCCUUAAAGAUAGCAUUUUCAACGUCUUUUACCAUCUCUUUUGCAAACUCUUCAACCACAGCAGCACACACAUCAACACUGCCAUCACUAUCAACAUCAUCAGAUACCAUAAACACAUCAGAAAUAACAAAUGUUACCCCAACCUCCGGAAGCAGUUCCGCUAAUUGUAUGACAACUUCCGUCUUGCAGUAUACGUCAUCAGUCUAUCAGACGAUGGUAUCCAUGCCAACACCUCAACAAGCUUCCGGUGUCAACCAAGCCUCUAGCACAUUAACAGAUUUCAACCUUCAUCUGACCAAAGCGCCAGACCUCUGUCAUGUGAACGACACAAGAACGCUGUCCGAGGCCAGGCCCCACUUGUUUGACUGUAGCUUCUUGUGCAGGGAUGAUCUAGCAUGCCUGGGAAUUAACCUCUGGGAGGCAGGGGGUCAUUGCGACCUGGUCUUCAAUGUAUCUUCAGGGGACGGGAAGCCCAGAGGUGGGUUCUACUUUCUCCCAGGGUGCCAGUUUUAUUUCCUUCAUAGAACUUGAUGGGAUUCUUGUAUUAGAGUUUAGCAGUACACAUCUC